CUGUACGGCAAGUGCUUCCCAUUACGUUUUGUCCGUGACCUCUACGUAUUCUCAUUUCAUUUCCUUCCUAAAUCAAAUCUUGUAGAUUCCAAUUAUUGCCGCAAUACGUAUUCGGAUCGCUCAAUUCUCAAAUUAAGGAUUCAAAAUCAAAAUCACGAAUCGUAUAAUUAGAAACGAAAUUGCAGAUCGGGGCCUCCAACUCGUAAACUCUGACGGCGAGGCGCUCAGGAAAUGUGAAUGAGAAUUAGCGAGUGGCGUCUGCUCACUGCUGAUUCUACAGGUGAGGCAGAUUGUGGUCAGAAAUUUCUGCUAGCUGUAUAUGCAAUGGAAGCAAUUGAUUUUUGCUGUACGAUGUUAGUCAUGGCAUAGCUGUGAGUUCGUGAAGUAAAAGAUGGUGAAACUGACUAUGAUUGCUCGUGUCACUGAUGGGCUUCCACUGGUAGAGGGACUGGAUGACGGCCGUGAUGUGCCAGAUGCUGACUUCUACAAACAGCAAGUCAAGGCUUUGUUCAAAAACCUCUCAAGGGGCCAGAAUGAGCCUUCAAGAAUGUCGAUUGAAACAGGCCCAUAUGUCUUCCAUCAUAUCAUUGAAGGGCGUGUUUGUUAUUUGACUAUGUGCGAUCGUGCUUAUCCUAAGAAGCUUGCCUUUCAAUAUCUGGAAGACCUUAAGAAUGAAUUUGAGCGUGUCUAUGGAAAUCAGAUUGAAACUGCUGCAAGACCUUACGCUUUUAUUAAAUUCGAUACAUUCAUGCAGAAAACAAAGAAAUUGUACCAGGAUACAAGAACCCAGCGGAAUAUCGCAAAAUUGAAUGAUGAACUUUAUGAAGUCCACCAGAUAAUGACUCGCAAUGUUCAGGAAGUUCUUGGUGUUGGUGAAAAGUUAGACCAGGUCAGUCAGAUGUCGAGUCGCUUGACGUCUGAAUCUCGCAUAUAUGCAGAAAAGGCAAAAGAUUUGAACCGCCAGGCUCUUAUUAGGAAAUGGGCUCCUGUUGCUGUUGUUCUUGGAGUUGUUUUCCUCCUCUUCUGGGUCAGAAAUAAAUUCUGGUAAUGCUGCCAUUGAUGUGCAGCUGAUAGUCACUGUUUCAGUAUCUUUAAUAUGCUCGCAGAUCGUUGAGGGCCAGAACAUUUGUGUCGGUUGCCUGGUUCACCUAUGCAUUUCAUCUUUGGAGGUGACCGGCAAUUUUUGGUACAAAAACUACCUUUCUAAUUCUGGGAGAAAUCAAACCAUGUUGAUGUUGAGAAUAGAAAUAUAUUAUUUUAGAGACGAAUUGAUACAUCAUCUGUUGUGGGCCGGAACAGAUUUCAGUAAUACAUGCAUUUGAUAUUAUUCUGCAUC